AUGUCCAAGAGCAAAACUUUUUUAUUUACCUCUGAAUCUGUCGGUGAAGGUCACCCAGACAAGAUUUGUGACCAAGUUUCUGAUGCUAUCUUGGAUGCUUGUUUAGAACAAGAUCCAUUCUCCAAGGUCGCCUGUGAAACAGCUGCCAAAACUGGUAUGAUCAUGGUUUUCGGUGAAAUUACUACGAAAGCUAAACUUGACUACCAACAAAUCGUAAGAGACACCAUCAAGAAGAUUGGUUAUGACGAUUCUGCCAAGGGUUUCGACUACAAGACAUGUAAUGUUUUAGUUGCCAUCGAACAACAAUCUCCAGACAUUGCUCAAGGUCUGCAUUAUGAAAAGAGCUUGGAAGACUUAGGUGCUGGUGAUCAAGGUAUAAUGUUUGGUUACGCUACAGAUGAAACUCCGGAAGGUUUGCCAUUGACCAUUCUUUUGGCUCAUAAAUUGAACAUGGCUAUGGCAGAUGCUAGAAGGGAUGGUUCCAUCCCAUGGUUAAGACCAGACACAAAGACUCAAGUCACUGUUGAAUACGAAGAUGACAACGGUAGAUGGGUUCCAAAGAGAAUAGAUACCGUUGUCAUUUCUGCUCAACAUGCCGAUGAAAUUUCCACCGCUGACUUGAGAACCCAACUUCAAAAAGACAUCGUUGAAAAGGUCAUACCAAAGGACAUGUUAGACGAAAAUACGAAAUAUUUCAUCCAACCUUCCGGUAGAUUCGUCAUCGGUGGUCCUCAAGGUGAUGCCGGUUUGACUGGUAGAAAGAUUAUUGUUGACGCUUACGGUGGUGCCUCAUCUGUCGGUGGUGGUGCCUUCUCUGGUAAGGACUACUCAAAGGUCGAUCGUUCGGCUGCUUACGCUGCUAGAUGGGUUGCCAAAUCUCUAGUUGCCGCUGGCUUGUGUAAGAGAGUCCAAGUUCAAUUUUCUUAUGCUAUUGGUAUUGCUGAACCAUUGUCACUACAUGUGGACACAUAUGGUACAGCUACUAAAUCAGAUGACGAAAUCAUUGAAAUUAUUAAGAAGAACUUCGACUUGAGACCAGGUGUUUUAGUGAAAGAAUUGGACUUGGCUAGACCAAUUUACUUGCCAACUGCUUCUUAUGGUCACUUCACCAAUCAAGAAUACUCGUGGGAAAAGCCAAAGAAAUUGGAAUUUUAA